AUGGAACAGGAUAAAGACUACAUACUACCUUUUGAACCUUCCAAUUGGGAAAAAUGGAAGAGAUCUAUAAUGAUAUUUAUUUUGUCUCAAAAUAUAACUAAGGAUACACAAAAGCAAGCUAUCAUACUGCACAGAGGUGGACAAGAGCUACAAGAUAUUUUUUUUGGAAUACCAGAGCAUGGUAAUCCACCUGAUGGAACAACGGUAUUUCAACACACAAUAAAUUUGUUAGAUCAGCACUUUAUACCAAAGGUAAAUCCAGUAUUUGAAAGACAUGUUUUCAGGAAAAUAAGACAAGAAGUUAAUGAGUCAGUCGGACAGUUUAUAUCAAAGCUAAGACAACAAGUAGCUAAAUGUGGUUUUGCUGAUGCUGACACAGAGAUGUGUGAUCAAAUUAUAGAACAUUGUACAUCUGACGAACUUAGACGGAAGUUACUCGAGAAAAAUAACUUGAGCUUGUCAGAAAUCAUAGAAGAGGCCAAGCGGUUCGAGUUAGUAGUGCAACAAGCAGAUACACUUGGAAAAAACGGAAAAGAAAUGGUAAAUAAAGUUACAAAGUAUGAAAAAAAAAAGCAGUAUAAAAUGGAAAAGUUGAAAACCAGAAGUAAGGCAUGCUACAGAUGCGGGAACGAAAAUCACUUAAAAAAUGAUCCUAGUUGUCCGGCGAAAGACAAAAAAUGUGGGCGUUGUGGUUUAAUCGGGCAUUUUAAAGCGUACUGCAGAACAAAGUUACCUGCAAAUACAAAAGAGCCAGGUAAAAGAUAUUCACAGCAAAUGUCGAGGAGUAAUAAAAUAAAUGCAGUCGAAGAAGCAAAAAGUGACGAUGAAGCUAUAGUGUUCCAAAUAUCAAAAAAAAAAGAUUUGGUGACAAAUUUGGUAAUAUGCAAAGUUGGUGGCACAGAUGUUAAAUUCUUAAUUGAUUCAGGAUCAAGUUGUAAUAUAGUAUCAGAACAAACCUGGAAAAGAAAUAAAAUCAAUUAUGAAAAAAAAGAAAGUGAAGUAUCUCAAAAGUUAUAUGCAUACUCUAGCAAGAAACCACUUGAAGUUAUAGAAAAAGUAAGAACAACCAUCAAGGUGUCAGACCGUGAAGAAAUAGUGGACAUAUUUGUGGUAAAAGGUAAUAACCAAUCAUUACUAGGGUAUGAAACUUCAGUAAAGUUGGGACUCUUAAAAAUUGGAUUAAAUAUAAAUGAAAUAACGUCAAAAACUUUUCAAUACAAAAGUAAAUACCCAAAUCUGUUUAAUGGGAUUGGCAAGUUAAAAGGAAAACAGGUUCAACUGCACAUCAACGAAGUUAUCAAGCCAGUUGCACAACAACAUAGAAGGAUUCCAAUACAUUUGAGAAAUCAACUAGAAAAUGAACUACUAAGACUUGAAAAAUUAGACAUAAUUGAAAAAGUGGAUGGACCAACACCCUGGGUCUCUCCCAUAGUCUUAGUUCCUAAAAAAAAUGGAGAAGUAAGACUUUGUGUUGAUAUGAGAAGACCAAACGCAGCCAUCGAAAGAGUGCGUCACGUGACCCCAACUAUUGACGAUAUAAUAAGUGCUGUUUAUGGGUCGAAAGUAUUUUCAAAAUUAGAUCUCAAUGAAGGAUACCACCAGUUAGAGUUAGAGUGUGCUUCAAGGUCUAUUACUACAUUUAGCACCCAUGUUGGCUUAAGACGAUACAAAAGACUGAACUUUGGAAUUAACAGUGCGGCAGAAGUUUUCCAAGACGAAAUCAGACAGGUACUUGUAAAUAUUCCCAAUGUAAUGAACGUUAGCGAUGACAUACUGAUAUAUGCCAAAUCUCAAGAUGAACACGACAAUAUCUUGGAAAAAGUACUUAGUCGGUUACAGGAAAAAGGACUGACAUUAAAUUAUGAAAAAUGUUUAUUCAGUGUCAAGAAGCUCAUAUUCUUUGGGUACCAGUUUAGUGAACAGGGCGUCGAGAUAGAUAAAAAAAAAAUCGAAGCAUUUAUACAACUCAAGCCACCAUCAAAUGUGUCUGAGGUAAGAAGUGUACUAGGCAUGAUAAACUACUGUGGAAGAUUUAUUCCAAACCUAGCAGAGAAAACAAAACCAUUAAGAAAUCUAAUUACAGCAAACAGAAAAUGGUCAUGGAGCACCACAGAACAAACAGCAUUUGAAGAGUUAAAAGAAAGUAUUGUAAAAAAUGUAAGUAACGCUUACUAUGACAUACAUAAACAAACUGAAUUAAUUGUUGACGCAGGACCAGAAGGCAUUGCUGCCAUUUUGGCACAAUCACCGAAUAAGAUAAUUGCUUGUGCAAGUAAGGCACUAAACCAAGUUGAAAAAAGAUACUCACAGAUAGAAAAGGAAAUGUUAGCUGCAGUAUGGGCGGUUCAACAUUUCAAAUUGUAUUUAUUGGGUUCCAAUUUUAUACUAAAAACAGAUAACAAACCGUUAGUCUCAAUCCUAAGCAGUCAAACAAAAGAGACAUCUGUAAGGUUGGAACGAUUCAGAUUAAAGCUACAAGGAUACAACUUCAAAGUAGUACAUACGAAAGGUAACACAAAUCCAUCAGAUUUCAUGUCAAGACAUCCAAUAAUUAAUAAUAUGAAGAACAACGACUGGGAUAGUGAAGUGGAAGAACAUGUGAAUACAAUAGCAGAACUAGCAAUACCAAAAACAAUGACAAGAAAAGAAGUAGCAGAACAUUCGAACAAUGACGAGGAGAUCACAAAAGCAAAAAAAGCACUAUUGGAGAAAACUUUGCUAGAAUCAGAAUAUAGACCAUUCAAAGAUGAGCUGGCAAUUACAAGUGAUGGACUAUUAUUAAAGCAGAACAAAAUAGUAAUACCCAAAACGUUAAGAAAGAAAGUAGUUAAAUUGGCACAUACGGGACACCAAGGUAUUGAAAAAACAAAAUCAUUGUUAAGGAGCAAAGUAUGGUUUCCAAACAUGAAUAAAAUGGUAACAGCAGAAACGAACACAUGCAUUCCAUGUCAAGCAGCUACACCAAAAACAAGUACAAAUCCGAUUAUGAGUUCAGAGUUACCGCCAGGACCAUGGGAAAAUUUGGAUCUAGACUUUGGUGGACCAUUUCCCAACGGUAAAUAUACACUUGUUAUAAUAGAUGAAUAUUCUAGGUAUCCAAUUGUAAGAAUAAUCAAUAAUUUAAAGACUGAAACAGUAGUCUAUGAGUUAAAAAAAAUGUUCAUGGAAUUUGGUUUACCUGAGUGCAUAAAAACAGACAACGGACCACCAAUGAAUGGGACAUUGUUUAGUCAAUUUCUAAAUUCAUUUGGAAUUAAACACAGAAAAGUAAUGCCAUGUUGGCCACAAGCGAAUGGGACUGUGGAGCGCUUCAUGAGAACAUUAGGUAAAGCAAUCAAAACAUCAAUAAUUUCUCAAAAGAAAUGGGAAGAAGCAAUUGAUGAGUUCCUGAUGUCAUAUCGAACAACACCACAUACCACCACAAAGGCAACACCAGCAUCACUAAUGUUCAGAGGAAAAUUUAGGACUUGGUUACCAGAAAUGAAAAACAUAGAGACAAAUGAUGAUGACGAGGAAACAGACACAAGAAUAAGACAAAACGAUACAAGGAAUAAAAACAUAAGUGCAACAAACAGUGACGCAAGACAUGCAGCAACAGAGCAUGAACUAGAAGUUGGAGACACAGUACUAGUUAAACAAAAGGAAAUAAAUAAAUACUCAACACCAUUCAACCCAGAACCUCUGGAGAUAAUUGAAGUCAAGGGAACCAUGAUCACUGGGAGAAGAGAUGACCAAGGACAAGUAACUAGGAACGCAUCACACUUCAAAAAAAUCACUACUGAAGAACCAAGGAGAGGUGAAAGGCUGAAGAGAACUCCAAAACAUUUUGAAGAUUACACUGUGUAA